CGCCCACAGUCUCCGCCCGGCCCCGCCCACAGCCUCCCCCGCGCACGCGCAGUCCUCACGAACGAGCGCGCCAAGCGCACAGCGCCGCCUUCCGGCAGAGACCUCCCACCAGCCCUCAGGUACCCGGGCGUCGCUCCCAGACCCCGCCGCACCGUCCCCUGCCCGGCCCCUCUUCCGGGGUCCCAGCGGGUCCGGCUCAUGAUUCCCCGGCCCCGCAUUCACCCUCACCCGGUAACCCCGGGCGUGCCCCGCACACAGUUCACCCCCACCGAGCGCCUCCCCCGGGACGCCCACUACCCGGCGCGGCCGCACCACGCGAGCCUUCCACUCCCACCCGUCCAGCUCGCGCCACAUACAGUCCCUCAACGCGCUCCUGCCGCGCCGCCCCCUUCAGACAGCAGCGUUCCGGAUCCUUGACGCUUUUUGACGGCUGGUGCUCCCCAGAAAAUGCGCCGUGUGAGCCCAAACAUGGUGGGGUAGAUCCAGUACGCUGGACCCCGAGCUUGCAGUCUGUGCUUCACAAAACACCAACAUCGUGUGCCCGUCUCCUCCCCCCGAGAUCGAGUAGUAACAGCCAUUCCAACUCUCCACCUCCAGCUUCUAGCACCAGGGACCGCCUCCACCACCCCAUGUGCCAAGUGGAGUUCGAGCUGGCGCGCGCGGCCCUCAAGCAGCUGAAGGGUCCCGUGAGCGAGCAGGAGAAGCUGCUGGUCUAUGGCUUGUACAAACAGGCCACCCAGGGCGACUGCGACAUCCCCGCCCCUCCGGCCUCAGACGUGAAAGCCAGGGCCAAGUGGGAGGCUUGGGGCGCGAACAAAGGGAUGUCCAAGAUGGACGCCAUGAGGGGCUACGCGGCCAGAGUGGAGGAGCUGACGAAGAAGGAAGUGGGGGGCAUGGAGCGCGAACAAAGGGGCGUCCAAGAUGGACGCCAUGAGGGGCCACGUGGCCAGAGUGAGGAGAUGAGGAAGAAGGCGGCUGGCUGAGGGCUCCUUGGGAAUGGAAAGGGCUUCUUAGACCUUGAUGGCUGAAAUGUCCUGAAACUGUCGCAAGCUUAGCCGAGACAUCAAUAAAUCACUUAAAGUGCAUGAGAGUGACCGACUGCUGUUGGAAAGGAGAAACUCGGUGACUGAGUGCUGGGGAAGCGUCCAAAUACACAGACUUGCUUUUUGUAUGGUUUUGGGUGGAGUUCCCAGCCCUCCUAUUACAAGAGCGUAUGUAGGUAUUUGGAAGGACGAGGGGGACAGUGGGCUGUGGAAAUGCCCAAGAUCUGAGGGCAGGAGACCAUUCUCCAGUGACAGCCUCUUGGGAGGAUGAGGCCCCAGCCCCUUAUCUCUUCAAGGCUGAUUCACUAAUACCCCAGCACCACAGAGGGGAGAGGGACUCUGUCCUCCCUAAACACUAAAGUCAAGUCCAAAAGCCCCACUGGAACGCAGGGCCUACUGAGUUCAUGUUUUGAGGGAGACCAAGCUUUCCGUGAUGAUAGUGCGGUGAAACAGUUGAUGCCUCAGAACACAGCAGUGGAGAAACAAUGGAGCAGAUGGUGUCAAAAUCCCAGCCCCAGAAAGGCUCACCUAAGGCCGGGCAACCAAAAUGUUCUCGGGACUAUUCUGUACUUAACCCUGGUUUCUGCUUAGGGGACGGUGGGACAAUAUGCAUAUGGAUGUCUAUGUGGGAUUUGUUGCAAGAGCACAACACACCCCUUGACCUAUGCAAGUGCCAGAGUGUCUGAGCCCAGCUUCUACUCCUGUUAGUGAUCACGAGGGCCUCAAUACACAACCAUUGUGCAUGGUGGCUGGAGUAUGGAGUAGUAAAAGGUAUCCAGAAAGGCAGGUGUACAGUGGCAUAUGGGAUUUCCUGGUACUUCUUUAAUAGGAACUAUCUUCACAGAUCAGGAUAUCAGGUCAGCUCCAGUUCUUGCUGGGACCAAUAAACAAUAGAAGCAACAACCAUAGAGACUGAAGAGGACAAAGGAAACCAAACCUCACUGUGUGUCUUCAAGAUCUUCUGUUCACAUAGUUGCAGGAAGUUGCUGUAGACAAAGUAUGAAGAAUGAAGCCCACCCAGGACUAAAGAAUGAAGCCCAUCCAGGACAUCACAGCAACGAAAGAACUAUUUCUGGUAACUGUAGACCAGGUGAGAGCCACACUGUAGAACAGCAGUGCUGCCCUCUCUUUGGCGAAUGUUAUGAAGACAUUCUGAUGCACUUAGGAUCAUGAUUCAUGUUAAAUAUAAGCUACAAGACAGAAGGCCACAUAUCUCCCCAGGUGGUCUCCCUCACCUGACAAUAUAAAUUAACAGCUUAUCUUCAUAGGUAAGGGACAAAGACAACACCAGAAACCAUCCCUCACCAGCCCUGACACAAAACGUAGAUUUACUGAGCUGAAUGCAUAACUGACUGUUCCUCUACCCCCUCCUUUCACUGUGACAUGUAGAUUUGGUGAGCGCUAAUCAAAGCCUCACAAGAAUGUAACCACUUAUCUCCCUAAUUACCCUCCUUUAUUUUUCCUUUCCCUCUUCCCUCCCUUCCUGCUCUUUCCCUUUUAAAUACUUGUUAGGAAUAACACUCAAAAUCCUAAGGAAAUUGAACACUCCAACAAAGGAUUCUUAGUAAAGCAAUUUUACUUCUGCGCAGAGGGGUGUCUCCUUGGCCAGUCGCCAUGAGAGCACACCUGAACAAAGGGGCACGAAAGCCUUUCUUCCUGACGCAAGUCCUGCCCCUGUACCCUUUCCCCAUUGGCUGGGGUCAGGUCGUACAAUCUAAACUAAUCCCGCUUGGCUAAACAUUUGAAUUUUUUACAUAGGGUGGGUACGUAAAAGAAAGUGGAGAGGAAGGGGAAGGGGUGUCUGUAAUGAGCUAGAAAGUUAGUCCUCUUUCCAAAUAAGGAAAGGAAUGUGAGCUGGUACUGAUAACACUUGGUACUGUGGCAUGCCUGGGUAUCUAACAAAGGCAGAAAGGAAAAAAGGAGAAAAGUGGGGGGGGGGGG